GGAGAACAUGUUCUUCUUUGCAUUCUGAUGUUCAUUAUAGGCUAUGCAGCUGCAGUAGCAACGUUUAUGAGGUCUUUUCCAAAUAUCGAAAGGAGAUAUGAUUGUGCAGUCACGAUCAUACUCACCUUCUCACUUGUGGCUAUAUCGGACUAUCAAGUGGACCAAAUUAUCCAGCUUGCUUACCAAAGGCUGUUAACAGUUUUAAUUGGUGCCAUAGCCUGCGUUGCAAUCUCCGCAUUCAUAUUUCCAGUUUGGGCAGGUCAAGAUUUGCAUAAUCUAGCUGCUGAAAAUUUAGAAAAACUUGCAAGCGUCUUAGAAGUUUCAGGUUUUGGAGAUGAAUUUUUUGGUUUUCCCGGAGAUGAAGGUAGUGUAGUUGCCUCCAAAAAUGACAAGUCUUUUCUUCAAGGAUAUAAAAGCAUCCUAGAUGCAAAGGCCACCAAGAAAUCCUCGGUAAAUACUCAACAACUUAAAGUUUUACAGUUCAAAGUAACUUAGACUUGUUUGUUCAAAAUUACAGUCGAUGCCAUAAAGGAUAAAUUUUCUUUUUAUGUAUUUUUGGGAAAAUUUUGCUGGGUGGGAGCCUGGUCAUGGUCGCUUUAAGUUUCGUCAUCCAUGGAAACAAUACUUGAAGAUUCGUGAUCUUGCUAAAGAAUGUGCCCGUCAUAUUGAAGCACUUAGUGGCUACACAAACUCGAUGACUCGGGUAUUAAAUGUGUAAUCAAUUAGUCCACUCCAAAUUUAUUUAA